AUUUGGGGGUGUGCGCUGGGGAGGCGGCUGAGCAGGGCGGGGGGGAGUGGCCAGCGGCAGCGCCCAGAUUAAGCGGGAGGCGCGCCGGGCGUCUGCACUCCAGCGGCCCAGCCUGCUGCCGGCUCCCGCGGCGGUGCCAUCGCGCCGCUCUCCGCUUCUCAACCCGCCGCGGACUCGCAGCCGCCGCCCUGGGCGGUGAGAGCGCCGAGACCCGGCCGCCUAGGCGCGCGUGGAUUUGGACGCGGCGGAGCCGGGAGGUGCGGCGCCGCGCGCGCUGCGACCAGGCGGCUUCCGGCGCGGCGGGUGUCUCCGGAGAAGAUCUCUCAAGUUUGGUUUUUAAUUGCUUUUUCCUGAAACCAAGUCAUUUUGACAGAAGAUCAGACUUGGCUUUAUUAACUUUGAACUGGGAGGCAGCAGUCAACGGCAAGUCACCUCUGAUGCUGUAACAGAGCAGGAAAGAACCCUGUGAUGUAAAUACGGGCAUAGAACCUCUCUUAUAAGUCAGAGUCUUCUGGAAGAGAAGAGAAACCUGACAGAAUUUUUUUUAAGUACCAAGACUUGAAGUAAUCCACGCACAUGGCGUCGAUAAGGUGCUCAUUCAGGUGGAUCAAGCCCUUGGCCGCAGAUCCCUGGUCACUUAUACUUAUCCUCUAUUCUGUACAACACGCAUAUGGGAGUGGAAAGAAGUUUGUGGGUCCUUGCGGAGGAAGAGAUUGCUCAGUGUGCCAGUGCUUUCAUGAAAAAGGGUCUCGGGGUCAACCAGGACCACCGGGGCCACAGGGUCCUAUUGGACCCCUGGGACUGCCAGGACCCAUUGGCAUUCCAGGAGAGAAAGGGAUGAGAGGUGACAGUGGUCCUCCUGGGGCAGCAGGUGACAAAGGUGAUAAGGGUCCAACUGGUGUUCCUGGAUUUCCAGGUUUGGAUGGCAUACCUGGGCACCCAGGGCCUCCUGGAUCCAGAGGCAAGCCUGGCAUGCAUGGCUAUAAUGGUUCACGAGGUGAUCCAGGGUUUCCAGGAGAGAGAGGAGUUCCUGGCCCAGGAGGCCCCCCAGGCCUUCCUGGGGAAAGUGGAGAAAAAGGAAAUUCAGUGUUCAUUUUAGGUGCCAUUAAAGGUAUUCAGGGCGACAGAGGGGACCCAGGACCUCCUGGCUUGCCGGGAUUGAGGGGGGCGAGAGGAGCGGCGGGCCCAGUAGGACAUCUGGGAGAGCCCGGGUUAGCCGGUGCUCCAGGCCAUCCUGGGAGACCGGGCUUGAAGGGUAAUCCUGGCGUGGGAGUCAAGGGGCAAAUGGGAGACCCGGGUGAAGUUGGCCAGCAGGGUUCUCCUGGACCCACCUUAUUGGUACAGCCACCUGAUUCUUGUCUGUAUAAAGGAGAAAAGGGCAUAAAAGGAAUGCCUGGCAUGACUGGACCUCCAGGACCACCGGGACCCAAGGGAGAACCUGGAAUUGGGGCAAAAGGAGAGAAGGGUAUCCCUGGGUUCUCAGGACCUCGGGGUGAUCCUGGUUCCUAUGGAUCUCCAGGUUUUCCAGGAUUAAAGGGGGAACCAGGACUGUUUGGAGAGCCUGGAUCAUUUGGAUUUCUUGGCCCAAAGGGGGAUCCUGGAGACCGCGGGUACCCAGGACCACCGGGGGUUUUGAUAACUCCAUCUCUUCCGCUCAAAGGCCCUCCAGGGGAUCCGGGGCGCCCUGGCCGCUACGGAGAAACGGGGUCUGUUGGACCACCUGGUCCUCCUGGCCCCUCCGGUCCACCAGGGGAAGCCCGCGCAGGCAUGAUGGGACCUCCUGGGCCAAGAGGGCUUCCUGGUCAUCCGGGAUUUCCAGGGGCAGCUGGUAUCCCUGGGAGAGCUGAAUCCAGUCCAGGAAAGCCAGGGAACCCAGGACCACCAGGGUUGCCCGGAGCCCCAGGGCUGCAGGGACCUCCGGGAUCAGAUGUUAUAUAUUGUAGUGUUGGACACCCUGGACCACAAGGAAUGAAAGGCAAAGUGGGUCCUCCGGGAAGAAGAGGCUCAAAAGGAGAAAAAGGAAACGCGGGGCUCUGUGCCUGUGAGCCCGGUCCCAUGGGCCCACCGGGACCUCCGGGACUUCCUGGGAGACAGGGUAGUAAGGGAGACUUGGGGCUCCCUGGGUGGCUUGGAGAGAAAGGUCACCCAGGUCCUCCUGGAGCUGAAGGAUCUCCAGGACCACCAGGGAAACAAGGUGCCUCAGGACCACCUGGCAGCAAAGGAGAAAAGGGUGACAUGGUUGUAUCGAGAGUGAAAGGGCAGAAAGGAGAAAGAGGUCUUGAUGGGCUCCCAGGAUAUCCAGGACGACAGGGGCAACAUGGUCAGGAUGGACUUCCUGGAAAAAAGGGGGAUCCAGGCCCUCCAGGGGAUCAUGAAGACGCAUUCCCAGGUGAUGAAGGGUCUCCUGGACCGCCGGGCCCCCCGGGCAGAGCAGGACCUCAGGGACAACCAGGUUUGGGAUUUCCUGGCCCACCAGGAGAGAGAGGGCCACCGGGAGCUCCAGGCCGCCCUGGCGAGAGGGGCCUCGAGGGCUUGAAGGGUCAGAAAGGCGAUACAAUUUCUUGUAACGUCACCUACCCUGGGAGGACAGGGCCCCCAGGAUUUGAUGGGCCUCCAGGACCAAAGGGAUUUCCAGGUCCUCGGGGCACUCCGGGGUUGAGGUGUUUGGAUGGGCAAAAAGGUCAGCGUGGCAAACCAGGAAUAUCAGAAAUACCUGGUCCACCUGGUGGCAAAGCAACAUUGCCUAGGUUUCGUGGUGAAAUGGGCGAUCCGGGUUUUGGAGGUGAAGAGGGGUCCUCCCUUCUUGGGCCCCCAGGCUUGCCCGGUUCUCGUGGAGCAAAUGGUCAGAAAGGAGUCAUGGGAGACACUGCCUAUGGCCAACCAGGUGCCCCAGGAAAGAGAGGUCUUUCAGGAGUGCCAGGGGCCGAAGGACACAGAGGUGACCCAGGACGUCCAGGUUUUGCAGGGCCAGCUGGUAGGCCGGGAUUCCCAGGUCUCAAAGGUCCCAGAGGCAGAGAGGGAAGUGCUGGGUUUCCAGGAAUCCCGGGUCCACCUGGUCAUUCCUGCAAAGGAGGCGCCCCAGGGAUAGCAGGACCACCGGGAGUCCCCGGGGCUCCAGGCCAACCAGGUGCCCCAGGUUGGAAAGGACAGCGAGGGGAUGUGGGGCCUCCUGGUCCAUCUGGAAUGAAGGGCCUCCCAGGAGUCCCGGGACGGCCAGGGGCACAUGGUCCCCUAGGACUUCCAGGUGUCCCAGGCCCUUCAGGGGAUGAUGGACUGCCUGGUCUUCCAGGCCCAAAGGGAUCCCAGGGGCUGCCUGGCUUCCCCGGUUUCCCGGGGGAAAGAGGAAAGCCUGGCCCCGAGGGACGUGCUGGCCGUAAGGGGGACCCGGGAGAGGACGGUCGGCCUGGCUUCCUCGGAGACCGUGGGGUGAAAGGUGCCAAAGGAGAGAGAGGACCCCCAGGAGAUGAAGGAGAGAUGGCUAUCAUUUCCCAAAAGGGGAAAACUGGGGAACCCGGACCUCCGGGAGAUGAUGGAUUCCCAGGAGAAGAAGGUGAUAAAGGCGAUCCUGGGAUGCAGGGCAGGAAAGGAGAGCUGGGAAGACACGGAGCACCUGGAUUUCGCAGAGGGGAGCCUGGUAGAACUGGGCAGCCAGGGCUUCCUGGCUCUGCAGGCCCCCCAGGCUCCCCUGGGCCAAGAGGGAUUAUUGGUUUUCCGGGAUUUCCAGGUGACCAGGGUGAGCCAGGUUCUCCAGGGUCCCCCGGACGUUCAGGAAUUGAUGGAAUGAGAGGACCUAAAGGAGACAAAGGUGAUCCUGCAAGUCAGUUUGGCUUACCUGGUCCAAAGGGUGAACCAGGUAGCCUUGGAUGUCCAGGACAUCCCGGAGCACCCGGGGAGCAGGGCUUGCCCGGUGUUCAGGGGCCCACGGGACCACCAGGAAGGCCAGGACUACCUGGUACCUCUGGACCACCAGGGUGUCCAGGUAAUCAAGGGGUGCCUGGGCUGCAGGGACCUCCAGGAGAAAUGGGGGAUCCUGGGCCAAGAGGCAUGAUGGGAGAUCCAGGGGCACCAGGUCUUCCAGGAAAAAAAGGUCCCUCCGGGUCACCUGGUCUGAACGGCUUGCAUGGUUUAAAGGGUCAGAAAGGAGCCAAAGGCGCUUCAGGUUUGCACGACGUGGGCCCACCUGGUCCAGUGGGCGUACCCGGGCUGAAAGGGGAGACGGGAGACCCAGGGAGCCCGGGAAUUUCUCCCCCAGGCCUUUCUGGAGGAAGAGGUCCCCCCGGCUUCCCAGGGAGACCUGGAUCCCCUGGUCCUGCAGGUGCCGUAGGAAGAGCUCCUAAAGGGGACAUUCCUGACCCAGGUCCCCCCGGAGAUCAGGGACCUCCUGGCCCCGACGGUCCAAGAGGAGUGCCCGGGCCCCCAGGACCCCCUGGGAGUGUCGACCUUCUGAAAGGGGAACCAGGAGACUGCGGUCUGCCGGGGCCUCCUGGUCCCCCGGGCAUGCUCGGCCCUCCAGGACAAAAAGGCUUCCCAGGAUGUGAUGGAAAAGAUGGCCAGAAAGGACCAAAAGGAUUCCCAGGGCUGCGGGGGCCAGAAGGACUUCCUGGGCUCCCCGGGGAGAAGGGUUUACCUGGCAUUCCAGGCAGACAGGGGCACCCCGGUCUUCCAGGUCCCAGAGGUGAACCAGGGCCACCUGCUGAUGCGGAGUCCUGCCCCCGAAUCCCUGGGCUCCCUGGGGCACCGGGCCCGAGAGGACCAGAAGGGGCCUUGGGGGCCCCUGGAGCAAGAGGGCCCCCAGGACCAGGGUGCAAAGGAGAGUCUGGGCCGGAUGGCAGGAGGGGUGAGGAUGGACUCCCAGGGUCCCCUGGGCCUCCCGGAAGCAAAGGGGACACGGGAGAAGCCGGCUGCCCUGGAGUACCAGGCCCUCCUGGGCCCCUUGGGGACCCUGGGCCCAAAGGGUUUGGGCCUGGAUACCUCAGUGGCUUCCUCCUGGUUCUCCACAGUCAGACAGAUGGCGAACCCGCCUGCCCCGCGGGCAUGCCCAGGCUCUGGACGGGCUACAGCCUCUUAUACCUGGAGGGACAGGAGAAGGCGCACAAUCAAGACCUUGGGCUGGCAGGGUCUUGCCUCCCCAUGUUUAGCACGCUGCCCUUCGCCUACUGCAACAUCCACCAAGUGUGCCAUUACGGCCGGAGGAACGACCGGUCCUACUGGCUGGCGAGCGCCGCGCCGCUGCCCAGGACGCCGCUGUCGGAGGAGGAGAUCCGCCCGUACAUCAGCCGCUGUGCGGUGUGCGAGGCCCCGGCGCCCGUGGUGGCGCUGCACAGCCAGGACCAGUCCAUCCCCCCGUGCCCGCGGACCUGGAGGAGCCUGUGGAUCGGGUACUCGUUCCUGAUGCACACAGGGGCCGGGGACCAGGGAGGAGGGCAGGCCCUCAUGUCCCCUGGCAGCUGUCUGGAAGAUUUCCGAGCCGCACCGUUCCUCGAAUGUCAAGGCAGGCAGGGAACUUGCCACUUUUUUGCAAACAAGUAUAGCUUCUGGCUGACGACAGUGAGACCUGACUUGCAGUUUUCCUCGGCACCCUCACCGGACACCUUAAGAGAGAGCCAGGCCCAGCGCCAGAGGAUCAGCAGGUGCCAGGUGUGCAUGAAGCACAGUUAGAGAACCCACAGCUCGCCGACACGUGGCCAGGAGAAACUUCCUCGGGGUCCCCGGGGCGCCCAGGCUGUGCUAAGAGAUUCAUGGUGCUCAUUUCAGACUCCGGUUUCAGCUGCCCCUUCCGUUUCUGUGGUUUUUCCCACUAACCUCUCAUCCCUUCCUCUGUUCGGGGCAGAUUAAGCAAAUGUUCCUCUUAUGGAUUUGUUUGGACCUACCAAUCUUGAUGAAACCCAGACAUCCUUAUGUUUUUGAGGAUGAUGGAAGAGCCAGCUUUAUUUAAAAUGAUGCUAAUUCACAGGAAGGCAAAGAGAUGAUAAAGGCCAGAUUACAAAUUGCAUUACUGAAAACUUCACUCAUGGGUUAAUAGCACCUCAAACAAUUGAAGUCAAUUAUUCUGUAAUACAGUGGGCUUCCGGAUGAAUUUUUAUAGGAAAAAAAUAAAUAGGCCGACAAAUGAAACUAGAAAGUAGAGAUUUCCAACAUCUCAAAAUGAUUUCCUCUGUAAUCUGUUUCCCCAUGCACUUUAAAUAAUUGUAAAACCAUGACCCAAGAAGAUGUAAAAAAAAAGAAAGGAAAGAAAGAAAGAAAGAAAAGAAAGAAAGAAAGAACCCACACAGCCAGUGUUAACAGUUCGUUUCAAAGCAGAAUGAAUCAUUAUGCCAGGAAGGACCCCAGUGGCUGGAUUCCGGAGAUGCUACAUUAGCAUAAACACAUCACAGAUGAACAUAAAACGGGUUCUCUUCUGCAUUUUUCAGAGAAUGGAAAUGCCUACUUUGGCAACCCUUUUUGAAAAGUAGCAUUUAUGGAAAAAAUUAUAUUCAAUAAGGGAUUAAGAGCCUUAGAGCUAUUAAUGAAUAUUAAGGCAGUGAUUCACAAAAAUGGACUCCCCAUUGCAGUGAACUUCCAAACAGACGGCAUUUGCCCAGUCGGGGUCCAGCUAGUCUUCGGUGUGUGCACGCUAAUGGGACUGAAGCCACAUGGGGCUCACUCAGAUGCACCAGCUUACACAAAGCAUCCUGCUCCCCUCCCCAGGAGUGCCUGCAGAGCUGCCUCAAACGAAGCCUGCCACAGACGCUUUUCCUCCAAAACAUAAUGGCAUUUCAUACCGGGAAGUGACAGAGCUAUCAUUAUGCACUUGGGAGAAAAAUUAAGGGCCGGCUUAAUUAAACUUAGGUAAGAAGAUUCAUUUAAGUCAUGGUCACCCUGCCAGGAAGAUAUGGUGCUAUUUUAGAAAAAAAAAUAAAAUAAAAACAACCUACAAUUUGCAUUUUAUGUGCCUGUUACUGGUUUUUACAGAAGCAUCUUGCUUUUCCAAUUUUAAAAAUUUCUUCUAUUUUUUGUCAGUAUUGUACCAAGGCAGCGGUUUGACAUUUGGUAUUAAUAUUUUCUAUAAAAGUUUAGAAGAUAUGUCAAUUUAGAAUGAGCAGUUUUCUGAAUAGCAAAGGAUACAUUUCCUAUUCUGAUAGGGAUUCAGUGGUCUAAUCCUAAAAAUCAGAAAGCUUGUUGGAAAUAAAUUGGAGGAAACCUGCCUUCCUUAUUUAAGAACAUGUCAUUUUAGAAAAAAAAAACUAAACAAAUUUCUCAUGAGCAAGUGACACUCAUUUUCGUGCUUAGUUUCAACACGCUUAAAAAUAAUUGAGAGAAGAAAAACGUAAUUAAAAUUUUGUUUAUAAGAUGUUUUCCUUGCCAAACAUUGAUUAGCAAUGAGCUCUUAUAUGUAGAACACAUUUCAAAUGAGCCUUGUUAUGGGCUGUUCCCGGGAUGGCAAUUUAUUUUAAUACUUUCCAGUAAAAAGAAAAAAUGUACAUUUUAAGGUGAAAACAGAGUAUUUCCUAGUUCAUUUGACCCAUUUAUUGAUUGUUUUUAAUCGUGCUAUGGCAUGUUACGUAUUUUUGAGCCCCUGAAAUUAAGCCAAUUUCAACCUCAUUUAUAAUUACACUUUUCUGUUUCCCAAGUUUUGUUAUGUGUUACCAAACGUCAAGCCUUCUAAAAUUUCAUCUUGUUCAUUCAUGAAUUUGGUCUGAGAACAUUUUCUGGGAAGAGAUAAGGGUGAGAAAUAGAAAGUUAGAGACGUACCUUGCUUGCUGAAGUAUUUUACACACAUUAGAAUAUUGUCUUAGUACGCUUGCCAAAUAUUAUCAUAGUACGCUUGCCUUAAAACACAGCCUGAAUUAAGUGGGCAAUUUACUCCAUGGUGAGCCUGGGAUUGUGUUUGAGACUGAUUGUUCAAAAUACUGAUUUUACAAGAACCUCUCUCUAAAUGCUGCGCAAUUGUUGCCUUCCGAUUUUGGAAAAUUAUUUUAACUGGUCUAAAGGGCAAAACUGUGGAACAGAUAACUCCUCGGAUUAGAAGACCCUGCUUUCUUCACCUGGUUAAAUAUCAGUGUACUUUGAAAUGUCCUUUCUCUCUGAAGGAUGAACAAAGCUUAGUGGUAGCUAAUCCAUGACUGGUGAUGAUCCUUAUCAAAAUUUCCUUCCCAGGAAGCCUUUCCUCCACCUCAGUUAGAAAGCAUAUAUAUUGUCCAGUGGGCAUUGCUCUGGGUCACGCGGGGGAGGACGGGAUGUUUCCUCCUGGGUUCUUAUUCUCAGUGAGUGGAGCCCCAUCCAUACAGGUGUCCAGGUACCCAGGUCUCCGUGCUGCCAGUGGUGGCAUUCCUUGUCCUCUGGUAUUUCCCAGACCGAAACUCAGAGACCACUUCCUGUGGAUUGCCACCUUCCCCUCUGGUCUCACAGUGCCUUAAUGCAGCCUUUGUCUUUCCCCCAUACUUUUGAUGGUAAACAGCUCCCAACUGAAGCCUCCACUUGUCAAAUCCCAGUCAUUUCUCCAAGAUGCAAACUUGUUCUUGUUUCUCUUUGGCUUAAAAAUCUUUCAGUGUCUCCUGUGCCUGUGAAGUCCAAGCGACUUCCGGUGGGGUGACAGGCUGCCUGCUGCUCACCUGUGCACACAGCCCAGAGGCCUGUUCCCAGCUCUGUGGCCCGGGUCUUGCUCUUUCUCCCAGUGAUGUCCCUGCUCAGGGAAGUUCCCCUGGAACACAACAGCUUCUUUACAGACGGAAUGAGCUGGAGGGGAGGGGUGGUGUGAAUUUCCCCAGGGAGCCUCGGACUCCCUUCCACUGCUCCCAGGACAACAGAUGGGCCAGGCCACUCUCCCAUGCCCCCUCCUCGCCCCGGUAAGGUCUGCUCACACUUCCUCCAUGCUCUCUGCUCCAAUGCAGGCCCCUGGAGGGCAGGGCCAAGCUUCACUCAACUGUACACCCAGUGCCUACACAGAGCUGAGUGCAUUACUGACAAUUCUGCUUUCAGUGACAGUUCAAUAAGUACAAUUAGGCAUUAGAUCUGUGCAUGCAGGGCUCUCGUGGACAAAAUGGUAACAAGCAUAAACCAUUUCUUACUUCAAAAUAUGUGAAUGUGCCCACAGAUCUGCACACCCCCCAUCUCCUCUUAACAGUUGCUGACAGAAAGCCAACUGAUAAGCUGUAACGCUUACCCCCUCCUGAAAUAUGGCUUACUUUUCCAAAACUGAAAUUUCGGAAAGGAUAAGAUCCUUGAGCUUUGGCUGAGAGAAGGCUCUUCGCUGAAAUGUGACAAGACUAAACUCAUGCCGUGACCCGUACUCCCUCAUCACGUGAGAGCUUCCUAGUACAAGAUCACAUCGACGAAGUUUGUAUACAUGUUUUCGGUGCUUAGAAAAAGAGUCAACGGAAUGGUCCACUAAAACUGGAUUGUAUCAGAUUUUAUUUUGAGGCUCUUGUAGAUUAUAAUAAAGCAAAACCAUUCUGUGCAGUCCAGGAAAUUGCAUUAGAUUUGUUUCGAUAAGCUCGCCAAAUGAAUUUGAUAGUUUUUACUUUUAUUUUGUACGACUGCAGGAAUAGUGGGAAAAUGUGGACUUUGGAGUUGGUUAGAAGCUGGCUCUGUCACUUCCCCGCUGUGUCACCCAGGGUGCGUUACACCUACUCUCUCAACCCCAUUUUCCUCAUUUAUAAAAUGGGACAUAACACCUACUCUUACAUCGAAAAUUAAGUUAGAUUAUACAUCUAGCACAUAACAGUCAUUGCGCAUUUAUUCUGGUCACAUCUUCUAUUUAAAACAAUUUAAUAUGAAAAAAACAUUUCUUGGGUUUUUUUCCAUAGUAGAAUUAUAUUAUGAUUCUUACAGGGCAUAUAAAUUACUGAUUAGAAGUAUUAUACCUGGCAAUUCUUCGUGUCUUUGGGAAUGUUAUUUUAUUUCACUUCUCAAAGUUACUGUAACCCGCCCCCCCGCGCCCCCCCCCCCAUGCACGCACAAAAUCACAAUUUCCUACAGGGACAUUAUCAGGAAGUUCUGCAGGGGACAAGACAAUUGACAUUAAAAAUCAGUACUCUGCAAUUGUCACUGUUAUUAUCUGCCAGAGACUCUGCAUAAUGCAUUUUAAACCACCAAGGCUGGCUGCCACAUCCAUGUGAAAUGCUUGAAUUUUAUGGUGCUUAAAUAUUUAAUGAUUCAUAGGAAAAAAUGUGAGAUGUGUCCAAUAAAUUGCAUCCCUCUCUCUAACCUAUGGUUGUAAAGUAUAAAGAUUUUCAACCAUGUAACACUUGCAAGAUACCUGGUCUGCUAUUGUCACCUAAAUCUUGGUUGUAUUAUAAGUUAUAAUAUUGUUCAUUAUAUAUAAAAUUCUCUGAUGA